UGGCAAUGGCGGUAAAAUCAACUUGGAUGAACAAAUAAUGGAAUGAUUACAUUGAAAAUUCCAUUAAAUCUAUUCUGUUAUUUAUAUUUGACAUAUUUUUAUCGUCUAUUCUUUAAAAAUAUACAUUUUUAUCAGAUAUUUCAGGUUCCCAUAACAAUUUUAGAUUUAUAAAUAAAAAUGCUACAACCAGUCAUGCACGUUUUAAAACAGAAAAGUAUAAUCUUAGCCAGUGGUUCUCCAAGGCGAAAAGAACUUAUUGAGAACAUUGGACUAAAAGUCGGCCUUUGCCCAUCGUUGUUUGAAGAAAAUUUGGAUCCCAAAAGUUUUAAAAACAUGUCUGAUUUCGUAGAAGAAACUGCAUUGCAAAAAGUUUUGGAAGUAGAAAACAGGCUUAAAGAUAAGGGUACAUCAGCAGAUGUGUUAAUUGGCGCUGAUACCAUGGUAACUCUGGACGGAACCAUGUUUGGAAAGCCAACAUCUGAACAGGAGGCCUUUGAAAUGUUAUCAAGGCUCUCCGGCAGAGGUCACACUGUAUAUACCGGUGUAGUGGUCAAGGCUUCAGACAGAGUUGUAAAAUUUACUGAAAAAACUGAUGUUUUCUUUGGCAAAUUAGAUGAAGAUCAGAUAAGAGGAUAUAUUGCAACAGGAGAGCCUAUGGAUAAAGCUGGCGGCUAUGGUAUUCAAGGAGUGGGUGGUACAUUUGUGGAGAGGGUAGAAGGAGACUAUUUCACCGUUGUGGGCUUGCCGCUAUACAGGAUGUGUAAAGUGCUGUACGAUAUGUUUAAAGACAAGUGAUGAAAAUUGAUUUUGUAGUUUUUUUUAUAAAGAUUUAUUCUGUUUUUGUAGUUUUUAUACAUUGUGAUUAGAUAUGUUAUGGAUGUUGAUAUCAAACCUGAUGUUGUUUAAAUUCAUGUCUGUUUUGAUAGUUUUGUAUUUUUUUUUUUAUUUCAUGAAAUAUAAUACACUAUGUGUAUAUUUUUUGUAAUUAAAGCUAUUUCCUAUCUGGAGUCUUUUAUAUUUAUA